GAUGUAAUAUUUUCCGCCUUUUGUCUUAUUAGAUUACAAAUUAGAUUACAACAGUUUUUUAUAAAUGUAAAAUUAUGUUUCUCCUUACAUAUGUUUCUCUUUACAACGCUAACAUUUGUAAUUAAUUGGAGAUAGCAUUUUCAAUAUUUAAUGCUGCAUUCGACGAGGGUGUCGAGUUUUCAUGGUGCGCGAAUAUUGCUUCAUAUUAUGAGAGAAGGAGACCUAUCAUUAGUUUUGAACAUGAAUAUUGAAGAAAUGGACGUUAUAGAAUCUUCAGGUUACACAGGUACACGUUAACACCAUAGUUUUUCUUUUAUUAUACUUAAUCUACGUUUUGAAUAAAUAAAUUACUGUAAUGUUGUUUAAUUAUAUCUUGAUCAUAUUAUUCCAAUUGCAAAGUCAUAUUAUAAAAAUUUUGCUGUACUUUUGAAAGCUGUUACAAGUAUAAAUUGCAUUUUUAUAUUUUUCAAAACGUGUUAAUUUAUCAUAAAAAAUGUAUGAGCAAUAAAUAUUUGUGAAAUACAUAUUCCAGUAUGUUUAAUAAUAUUGUAAUCACUCACGUUUGUUAAACAGUUAUGGAUAUGCUUUAAAAGAAAGUUUUUAAAAUUACGUACAACAAUAUCAUAUUAUCUUCUCUUUUGACUGAAUGUUAUCGUGCAUAACAUGCAGAAUAUAAAAUUAAAUUUGAAGAUAAAACGAAUAUAAUAGAGCUAUAGAAGAUGUUUAAAAAAAUUUGUUUGGAAAACUUAUGAUAUACAUGCGAUGUAAAAUUUUCCAUCUCUCGUAUUAUUGGACUAUAUAUAAAUAAUUUUUGUGACUGUAAAGCUAUACAUGCUUGUAAAGUUUUUUCUUACGAUGCCAAUAACUCAUCAGUUGGGGAUAGUGUUUUCAAUAUUUAAUGCCAUGUUUUACGAGGAUGGAGUUUUCAAUGGAAGAAACAUCACUGUGUUAAUAUCAAUUCACAGUAUGAGGGGAAGAGCAAGACAACUCUUUACAUCAAUUUACAAUAUGGAUGUUACGGAAUCUUCCGGUUACAGAGAUUUCGUAUGGGCAAUAGAAAUACAUCGCUUAGGUUUGGAAAUAAUUGGCUUAUGGCCUAAGUACGACAAAUUUGAUGCGAAUAAUUUAUGGUCAAAAUUUCGUAUAAGCAUUGUUUUAAUUUUAUUAAUAUUUGUUAACAAUAUUCCAUCGGUACAUGCGGUUACACAAGUUUGGGGCAAUAUGAUACUGGUAAUAGGCCAUGUACGUUUUGCAUUACCUCUACUAAUGGCAUCUAUAAAAUACAUUAUUAUGUUAUGGAAACGAACAGUUCUCACGUCGAUUGUAAAUAUGAUGGCGGAAGAUUGGAUGGAGUUCAAGUCUAAUAUCGAGAGAUCUAUGAUGAUAAAACGUGCACGAACUGCUCGAUUAAUCAUGAUCAUUGGAUACGUAUUUAUAUUAAUAGCGGUUUUGUCAACUAUCAUUCCCCCUACUUUUGGCAUACAACUAAUUUCAGGAGCGAAUCUCACGAAACGCAAGUUACCGCUGUUCACCAGUCACUUCUAUAAUACAGAUAGAAGUCCGCAAUUUGAAUUGACAUUUUUUAUUCAAAGCAUAUCGGUGCUAUUUGCUACUAUUAUUUAUAUGUCUAUAGAUAUUUUUUUAAUAUUAACAGUUCUUCACAUGUGUGGACAGUUAGAAAAUUUCAGAUACCGAUUAUUUAAUUUGAUCUCAAGCAAGAAUUUCAACAAAACUUUAAGUAACGUCAUAACGUCACAUUUGCGUAUAACCAGAUUUGCCGAUAAAAUUGAAAAUACAUAUUCUUUAAUGAUGUUGAUAAUGAUACUUCACUUUGUUAUUGUAUUUUGCCUAAGUGGAUUUUUGUUUACUAUUUUUCUUACUGACAGAAAAAUGGAUGAAAUUAUUAUUACACAAAUCUUCCAUUCGAUAGCUGUAUUUAGUGCCUUAUUAACGAAUACUUUUUUAUAUUGUGGUACAGGAGAACUUAUAACAGAGCAAUUUCUUAUAGAGAGAGAAAUGGAUAAGAUUAUUAUCACAAAAAUCUACUUUUCAAUAAUUGUGCUCUUUACGUUAUUAAUGAAUACUUUUUUGUAUUGUGCUGCGGGGGAACUUAUAACUGAACAAUGCAAUGCAGUAUAUAGUACUGUAUGCGAUCUGAAAUGGUAUAAAUUGAAAUCAAGAAAGGCCAGAAGUCUUAUUUUAUUAAUGAUACGAAUGCGCCAUCCUCUUUUCAUUACUGCAGGAAAAAUUUUUCCAUUAACAAUGGCUACUUUUUGCAGCAUAUUAAAAACAUCGACCGGAUAUAUAUCGUUUUUAUUGACAAAACGUAGUUAAGAAGGAAAAUAUAUUAAUUUAUUUACCACAACAAAACAAACGUACGUACAGUUACAUAAUUAUAAAUUUAUUAUUACUUAUUGCAUUAACAAUUGUUGCAGUAGAAAUUAAUAUGUGUAAUUAUUUUUAGGUUGGAAAAAUCUAAAUAUAUAACAUUUGACGUAUAAUGUUUUUUAUUGACAAAAUGUUUAAGAGCUAAAUAAUAUAUUAAUAUUUACUUCUUAAAGAGAAAUAAAUGUACAGACAUACGAUUGAAUAAUUAGGAAUUGACAUUUAUUACAUAUAAUGCAUUAAAAACUGUUUUAGGAAAAAUAAAAUUUUUUGCUGUUUAUUAUAUUUACAUUUUGGGUAAAUGAAGUAUUUUAUAAUGCAAUAUUUCGAUUGUUUAUCACAGAAAUACUUUAAAGUGACGGACUCGAUUUUUAUUCAUUUUAAUUUGACUGUGUAACUAAAGUACAACUUCAAGGUUUAAUUCUUUUAACUUAAAAAAUAUUUUUGGUGUAGAUGUACCUUGAUAGAAAUGUAUUCAGUUUUUCUACAUACAUAUCCAGUUAUUGUUCAGCAUUAAUGUAUUCUCAUUAAUAUAUAUUAAAUAUAUUAUAACAUUACGUGGAUAACUAAUAAGAAAUUAAUAGAAUUUUAUUCAGAGUUUGAAAGAGUUUAUUUGAUAAAGAUACACUGAGAGAAAAAUGUCGAAGUAUUGAAAACCAAAUACUUUUUGUAACGUUUUCUUUGAUAUUUAUUUGUUAUAAAAAAAUUAUUUGUAAAAACGAAAUAUACAUUUCGGUGAAGUAUUCUGUGAAACAUACUUCUGAAAUAUAUUUCUGUAAAAUAUACCUUAUUUAAAGAGACAGUGUGCAUAAAAAUAAAUAAU